AUGGCAAGUGGUACUACCAUUCUCGUUCUUCUCCUGGUUUUCGCAUCAUUGGCAGAAUCAGCUAUAACUCAGUUUAAAUGGUCUGAUUGUGCUGCCAGCGACCCGAACAGGGCAUUAAAGAUAGAUGAAAUAACAGCUACUCCCAUGCCAUUAGUUACACCUGGUCCACUCAAUUUCCACCUUAAGGCUUCUGUCACCAGAUCUAUCACUAAAUGGUCACUGAGAUUAGAUAUUAACAGACAUACGUUUGCUGGAACUGUCCAUGUACCAUGUCAAAAUGAAUUUGGCUCUUGUACCUAUGAUGGAUGCCAGAUAUUAGACAAGAUGAAAGCAAACGCUGAUCCAGGAAUAGUUGAUAUAGCGGGUCAAGUUUUAACUUUAAUCAAUACUAAUAAUAUUGAUAUAACUUGUCCAACUAAAGCACAAUCAGUUAAUAUUGGUACUACUGUUAUCAAAGUUCCUGAACUAGGAGCAUUUGCUAAUGCCCUUGCUGAUAUAACUACGAGCAACGUACGGGCAUUUCACGAAGUGUAUACUUGUCGUUACGACUAUAGUAGUUACAGUCUUUACGUUUUUGUAGCUUUUAUACUUUUCCCCAAACAGAAAACCUUAAUGAGAAUACGUAUCUAUUCGUAA